UAUACCGCCCUUGUCUCUUCCAAGCGGCCAUGAUCUUUUUAGGGAGGCUUCAGCGAUCAAGAUAGCUAGCCGAGCCGAGAUCCAAGAAUGUGGAAGUCUAUUUUAGGCGGAGACGAAGAGCAGCAGCAGCAGGAAGACAACUUGUUGGAUGAACCUGAAGGCCUAUUUUCACUUUCCCCCACGCAGAGGGUCUACGCAUUUGCUGCCUGUUUACUAGCUGGCUUGGUUUGUAUGUUCCUGUCUUUGAUUGUCUUUGUCAAGCCCAUCAAGUUCGCUUUGCUAUUUACAUUUGGCAACAUGUUAGCUGUUGGAAGCACAGCCUUCCUCAUUGGACCUGGGCAGCAAAUAAGGAUGAUGCUUGAUCCUGUACGCAUUUAUGCUACAGCCAUUUAUGUUGGGUGUGUUGUUGUAGCUCUAAUCUGUGCUCUUCUGAUCCACAGUAAGAUUUUAACGAUAAUAGCAAUCAUAUGUGAGAUUUGUGCCCUUGUCUGGUAUAGUUUAAGCUAUAUUCCUUUUGCUCGAAGGAUGGUUUCCUCGGUGACGAUCCGUCUAUUUGACACUGAAAUCUAAGCAGUUCAACAUACAAAUGUGUGUUUGUGCAGCCAUUGGCCAACGAAAUUCUCUACAGAGUUGAUUUACUCCAAUUCUUUCUAAUGAGAGUCGAUUCUUUUUUUGGAUUGCUGUGAAAAAGUGUUACCAACUUUGGCUUUGAUUUUUGGGCUGUUAAACUUUAUGAUGACUGAAAUGCUACAAUCUACAAGCGAUUCAGUCUCAUCAAAGGGCAGUUACUAUUGAUUCAACUGUCCUUUUGUGUUGCUGUUCACUCUGGUUUUAAUUUCUCUGAAAUACCAUUUAAGUUGUUGUCUUCCUA